AUGCCACUAGAUUCGCCCAGAAUAUCUAAAGAAGGACAAGAGGACACCGUUGAUCGGGCCACGACAAUCUCAACAGCGACGGACCAAAAUGACUCUCUAAGUCAACGCGCACCAAUUAUGUCGACUCAGGCACAGGAAGGGGUAGGCAGCGCGCUCGCAUCGAAUGUUGCCGCUGUGAGCGUCCAGAUGCAAGAGUAUUCGAAUGGAUACCACUUCCCACCGAAAUAUCCCAUAAAGGAGCAAAUACGAAUGGGCCUUGUUUCAUUCUGGGAAUUCUACAAUACUGGAUUCGGUUUCUUUCUCACUAUCUACUCUCUUAACGUCGUGGCUUGGGGUGGCAUGCUCUUCCUUCUUCUAUGCAACGCUGCGCCGGAGACGUGCUGGGUGGAUGGUAAAUUUGACUGCGAUAAUAUUGAUUCGCCGCGCAGAAUAUGGAUCGAGACGGAUUCUCAAAUACUAAACGGGUUGUUCUGCGUAACUGGUUUUGGCUUAGCGCCGUGGCGCUUUCGCGAUCUGUACUUCUUGUUGCGGUAUCGUAUUCAGGGUGAUCAAAAGGCUCUACGAAGCUUAGCAGGCGUCCAUCGCGGUUGGUUCCGUCUUCCCGGUUCCGAGCAACUUCCUACGUCUCUUGGGCCGAAAAAUAUCGAGGAGAUGAUCGGAAAUUACAACGUUGAUAGCGUUCCGUAUCCCCUAGAGACCAUAUCAGAUGCUCCGCCAACGAGCAUCCGGGCACCUCCGACUAAGAUGUGGAAACUGGAUUUCAUUAUCUACUUCAAUGUUGCCAACACAUUUCUCCAAUGCGUUCUAUCAGGUUUCAUGUGGGCAUUGAAUCGGUACGAUCGACCCAGUUGGUCGACUGGUCUAUUUGUUUGUCUUGCAUGUAUCGCCUCCGCUAUCGCAGGUAUCAUGAUGGGCGUUGAAGGGAAACACGUUAAGGCUAUCGAAGGGGUCCCUCUAACUAAGAGGGAUAUUGAGCGUCUGGCGCGUGAUAAGGAACUAGGAAUUCCUCAUUAUAACAACCUUGGCGACAAGAAUCCCGAGGAUGAGAAAGAGAAGAAGAAGAUGAAGAAGCAAAAGCAACGGUUUGGGAAGGCUGAACAAUCUAGUCUUGCGACUGAUAAUGAAAGACAAGCAUUCUGUGUUUAA